GGAGGUUCUAUCACCAUCGUCUCCAUCUGCAUAAUUUAUUAAAUAUUUAGGACUUGUCAUUGAUAUGGACACUCUCAAAACAGAGAACCACAAUUUCUUCAAUCCUUUCCAGGAUAUGACAAGUACAACGAUAUGGGUGAGUUUUGUUUUCUUCUUAAAGCAUCGCUCAAUCUUCAGACAACCCUAGAUUCUCUCACGAAGGGAAGUAUCAUUAGUUCAUUACCAUGGGAGACUAUAACAUGAAUGAAUUUGCUUAUGGUAAUCUUUACGAUGAUGAUGAUGGCGAUGUUGGUGGAUCGUCUAAAGAAGGAAACAAUUCGAUUCAGAAAGUUUCAAUGUUACCACUCGUUUUCCUCAUAUUCUACGAAGUCUCAGGAGGUCCUUUCGGUGCUGAAGGUAGUGUGAAUGCAGCAGGACCAUUGUUAGCUCUUUUAGGGUUUGUGAUCUUCCCUUUCAUUUGGUGUAUCCCUGAGGCACUAAUCACUGCGGAGAUGAGUACAAUGUUUCCAAUAAACGGCGGUUUUGUUGUUUGGGUCUCCUCUGCUUUGGGAACCUUUUGGGGGUUUCAAGUAGGUUGGAUGAAAUGGCUUUGCGGUGUUAUUGAUAACGCUUUGUAUCCUGUUCUUUUCCUCGAUUAUUUGAAGUCCGCGGUCCCGGCUUUAGCUACUGGUUUGCCAAGAGUUGCAUCGAUCUUGAUCUUGACUCUAUUGCUUACUUACUUAAACUAUAGAGGACUAACCAUUGUUGGUUGGACCGCUGUGUUUAUGGGAGUUUUCUCUAUGCUUCCGUUUGCUGUAAUGAGUCUGGUUUCUAUUCCGCAGCUCGAGCCUUCGAGAUGGCUUGUGAUGGAUUUAGGAAAUGUCAACUGGAACUUGUAUCUCAACACGCUUUUAUGGAAUCUGAACUACUGGGAUUCGGUUAGUACACUGGCCGGUGAAGUGGCAAAUCCGAAGAAAACACUUCCUAAGGCUUUGUGUUACGGUGUUAUCUUUGUCGCUCUUUCGAACUUCCUCCCUCUUUUGUCUGGAACCGGGGCUAUACCGUUGGAUCGUGAGUUAUGGACAGAUGGAUAUCUAGCUGAGGUUGCUAAAGCCAUCGGUGGAGGAUGGUUACAAUUGUGGGUUCAAGCGGCUGCAGCUACAUCAAACAUGGGAAUGUUUUUAGCCGAAAUGAGUAGUGAUUCCUUUCAGCUACUUGGAAUGGCUGAACUCGGUAUACUUCCCGAGAUCUUUGCGCAAAGAUCUCGCUACGGGACACCUUUACUAGGGAUUCUGUUUUCAGCCUCAGGUGUUUUACUCUUGUCAGGAUUAAGCUUUCAAGAGAUUAUAGCUGCAGAGAAUUUGCUUUACUGUGGUGGAAUGAUUUUGGAGUUUAUAGCAUUUGUUAGACUGAGGAAGAAACAUCCGGCUGCAUCGAGACCGUAUAAGAUACCUGUUGGAACCGUUGGUUCGAUUCUGAUAUGUGUCCCUCCGAUUGUACUGAUAUGUUUGGUUAUUGUUCUAUCUACUAUUAAAGUGGCUCUUGUGAGCUUUGUGAUGGUGGUCAUUGGUUUCUUGAUGAAACCUUGUUUAAAUCAUAUGGAUGGAAAGAAAUGGGUCAAAUUCUCAGUCUGUUCUGAUUUGGCAGAGUUUCAGAAGGAGAAUUUGGAUUGUGAAGAGUCUUUGUUACGUUAGGGAUACAAAGGUAAAAAAGCUUGGAACCUAUAGUCAAACUCAAACAAACUGUAUAUCUUUCUGCUCGUUUUUUACUUUUUGUUCAAAUUCUUUGUUCUCUGUUUAAGAUCAUAAGCACAAGAAGAUAUGUGUAAAUGUUGUAUCAUUCAGUUUUUCUUUUGAAAUGAAACCCAUUGGUGAUAGCCCAAUACGUUUAUGGAGGCCCAUGAGAGCCCAAUAAGUAAUACAAAAUUCAUUUGU